CAUACAGUGGCAUUAAACUGCCAAGGAAAGGGCAACCAUUUCCCUAUCAGUUUACACUGGUAAUUCAUUAUUCAUCAUACAGAAUUAGAGAGCUGUUAACUGAAGGUCUUUGAGAGACAUCUCAAGCAAUACACCAGAGAAGCUUGGUAGCUAAGAUGCUGUUGACUCUUUCCAAGCAAAAUAUAACUCAAUCAGUCUGACAGCUUUUUAUUUAUUUCUUUUUUUUAAAAAAAAAAACAUGUUAAUUUGUUUGAAAGAGCAUUGUAAAAAGAAUUGGACAUGGUCUUGAUGUUACACGUGGAUGUUACUGGAAGUUACUCGAUACAGAACUUUUUAUUAUUAUCAUUACUAAUGUCAUAAUAUGUUCGCUGCUGCAACUAAAAACUUCGUUAAACAGGUUGGUGAUGGAGGAAGACUAGUUCCAGUGCCUAGUCUCAGUGAAGCUGAUAAAUACCAGCCUCUAAGCCUUGUGAUUAAGAAAAGAAAAUGUUUGCUUUCAAAAAAAUCUAAAUUUGCUUCAACACCUUUCACGCUAAAAGACAUUCUUCAAGGGGAGAAAGAAAUUUCUGCAGGUGUCUCGUCUUACCAGCUGCUCAACUAUGAAGACAAAUCAGAUGUUUCGCUUAACGGUAGAAGAGGAAAUCAGAUAAUGAAUGAUGUUGGUUUUGAUGUUGCUGGAUCAGAUUCUGUUGCCUUUAAAGCUUCAUUUGGCAUAGUGACCAAACAUGAGGUUGAAGUACCAACAUUACUUAAAGAACUUACUACAAGAAAAAUAAACUUUGAUCAUUGUCUAGUCCAUCAAUCAAGAAAAAGUAGGAUGGAAAUUUUGUGCGUGGUCAUGGAAAGUAUUAGAACUACAAGGCAGUGCUCAUUAACUGUCCAUACUGGAAUGCGCGGAGAGACAAUGAGGUUUCACAUUAUUGAAGAUCAGAACUCUAAGGGGAGGGACAAAGCCAUUGUUUUUCCUGCGCAUACAACUAUUGCUUUUAGUGUAUUUGAACUUUAUAUUCAUUUGGAUGGUAAUUUCGAACUCUGUGUGACUCCAAUUGCAAAAGGAGGAUUUGAAAAAGAGAAAUCAGGAUCAUCUUCACUGACCAAAUUAAGGAGGUUAAAGAGUAACCUGUUUCAUCGAAAUAAAAGAGCAGUGGCUAUCGUUGCUAACUCUGAUGCUUACUUGGAGGACCUUUUUACAGAUUAUUAUGAAAAAGCUGCAAGCAUGACUGAUCUCUCUACAAGCUAUCUCAGAGAAGGGUCUCAUAUCCGAAUUAAUUUACUUAAUAACAACAUCCCUAAAGGUCCCUGUGUCCUUUGUGGAAUGGGAAGUUCUAAAAGGGAGACAGUCUACGGAUGCCUGGAGUGCUCUUUUAAUGGACAGAAGUAUGUACGAUUGCACGCUGUACCCUGUUUUGACCUCUGGCAUAAGAGAGUGAAGUAACGGAGUUAGGUAAGUGCCCGUUGUUGCAGACAUGGGCUUAACUGUGCCACAACUUUUUCAGAAUUAGUAACUGUGACUCAAAUAAGUUUAAAUGCAAAAUAGUGAAAGUGCAAAACAUUUUAUUACACUAUUAUUUUCAAAUUAUUUGCUUCACAGUCAAUGACCUUUCACUUGAAAAUGCCCUUGUGCAUUCCCAGACAUUCUUCUGCUUCUUUCCAGAACACUUUCAUUAUCAUAAUGAAAACUGUACUUUUCAACUGAAUUUUCAUAAUGUCAAAAUAUAUGCUAGUACUUACUUUAAGUUGUUUACACAAACUUGUAGUUAAAUCCCAAUAUGUUGCCUUUAUCUACACUGGCAUAUGAUGGUAAAAUGAGAAUAUUUGUUAAUAAUUUAGUGUUCUCAUGAAUGUUUAAUUGAAGUAUCAGAUUAAAAAACACGCUAAAACUUA